GGGGGUGUAGGCUGGCCGAUUUUCAGCCGCCAUAUUAGCCAAAGCCGUGAUUUUGUCUGCCUAUGUCAGGUGGAAUGCCGCGAACGGAUAAACAGAUAUAGCCGGGUUCAUUGCCAAAUGGGUUGAUUACGAUUUCAGACGCCGCGGUUGGCCGUACUCUUACACAAUCACCACAAAUGAGCACAGGUCCAUCUUCUUCUCGGACCAAUCUUCAACGAAGCAACAGCAGCGUUAGUAAUUUCCUGUCCAAGACGCGUCAACUCAGUGGGUCACUACGUGGAUCCCGUUCCAAUAAAUCCACAGUAAUAGACGCGAUGGAACACGACGCACAAGAAGAGAAACUUAAACCCAAGAACAAUUCCGAAUACUUUAAACGCUAUGAACUUAUGAUUGAGUUUUCCAACCUCAGAAAUCCAAACCACUGUCCACUCGGUGUCUAUGUUAUGCCAUCGUCUGACAAUCUGAAUGUUUGGUUUGGAGUUCUUUUUGUACACAAAGGCUUUUAUCGCUCUGGCGUCUUCAAAUUUCGAAUCAAUAUCCCGGAGUCGUAUCCGAAUACUCCUCCAACCGUCACUUUCCUCACCGACAUGUUCCAUCCAUUAGUCGAUACCCAAGGAAGACUCUCCAUCGCUCAACAAUUCCCGGUAUGGAGACCUCACCAAGACUAUAUCUUUCACAUUCUACAUUAUAUCAAGAAUGCCUACAAACGCGUGGUGUUGGAUGGUUUAGUGGAAAAAUAUUGUCCAAACAAAGAAGCCUAUAGAUUGUAUCGAAAUGAUCCACAGAUUUUCUCAAAACUAGCUCAACAAUGUGCGCAGCUCUCCAUUACCGAGUCCUAUCUCUUUGAUCAUUUUCCAGAUAACAAUAUGAUCAAGUUCUCUCCUUUGAGCGAGUCAAAAUUUGACGAGCUGAAAGCCCAGAUCCUCAAUAGCACUGCACAUCCUCCAUUAUCAGAGAACAAUAGAGAACUCCUGCCCAUGGAUACCGAUCUUGAAGAUAGGAUCAUGAACCUUAAGAAAGGGUUACAGUGAUUCUGAUGACGCAGAACUGACCACCUCUAUGCUCUCCAUCCACUAGCUCUUUACGAAUCGUCGUUUACCUCAAUGUCUACAUCUAUCAUCUCCCUCUACAUAUACACCACAUAAUAGUCUCUAGAACCC